AGUGUAGUACCAAUGUACCUGGGUGAGAUAGCACCUAAGAACCUGCGAGGCUUCCUGGGUCUCGUACCAAGUAUCUUUAUUGGCACCGGAGUCUUCACUGCUCAAAUCCUCGGCUUACAUGAGCUUCUAGGAAAGGAGGAGCACUGGCCUCUCUUUCUGUCAGUGGUGGUGGGACCCACCUUCAUUCAGUUGAUGCUGUUGCCAUGGUUCCCAGAGAGCCCAAGGUACCUGCUGAUUGAGAAGCGCAAUGUCCACGCCACCAUCACAGCCCUGAAGUGGUACCGAGCCAAGUGUAACAUCCAGGCUGAGAUUGAAGAGAUGCAGGAGGAGCAGCGCUCCCUGUUGUCAGUAGAGACGCUAUCAGUAUGGAAGCUGUUGGUGGAUGACACCGUCCGCUGGCAGGUGCUGAGUGUGGUGGUCAUCAACAUCGGCAUGCAGCUGUCUGGCAUCGAUGCUAUCUGGUUCUAUACCAAUGACAUCUUUGAGAAUGCAGGUAUCCCAGCACCAGAAAUCCAGUAUACCACAGCAGGAACAGGAAUUAUAGAGAUCAUCGCUGGACUUAUUGGGUGUUUCUCCAUAGAGAAGCUGGGCAGGAGGCCUCUCAUGAUUGGGGGUUUUGCCAUGAUGGGCAUCUGCAGUGCUGGAAUCACACUGGCCCUCAUUAUGCAGACUCACUUUUCAUUCAUGCGCUACAUCAGUGUCUGCUGUGUGGUCGGCAUCAUCGCUGGCUUCUGUAUCGGUCCAGCGGGUAUUCCCUUUCUGAUCACGGCAGAGCUGUUUAAACAGUCCCACCGCCCAGCGGCCUACAUUGUAGGAGGAUCACUCAACUGGCUGUCCAACUUCACUGUGGGCUUUGUCUUCCCCUUCUUGCAGAUGUCAGCGGGGUCUUACUGCUACUUGGUGUUUGCCGCCAUUUGUGUGUCCGUGGCCAUCUAUGUCUACAUUGUAAUCCCAGAAACCAAAAACAAGACUUUCAUGGAGAUCAGCCGGAUGUUCUCUAAGAAGGAGGCAGUUCUAGAGACCCAAGGCCUGAUCCACGUGGACCAGCUGAAGUUGAAGAAGAUGAACGGCUACGGUGGUGUGGAACAUGCUUCACUGGAGUUCGACAGCUCUUCUUCUGCACCUUAACUGAUCAGGUUGUCACUGGGUCUAGAAAACCAUUUAUUAAUUCCUGUUCUCCGUUCUACUGUUUUGAAAUGUACACAUAAACCAAACACCACCUCACCUGGACUGAGUGAAUUUAGACUCUUCACUUGGAUCACACGCCAAACAUUGAUGAAUAUACUGUACAGUUCUAGUAUCUGCAACUUCUUAUCAAUUUCAUGUAACAGACUGCUUGAGUCAUUAAAGUAAAAAUCCCGUUAAUGUAAA